UAAAUGCAAAGACUAGUGUCUACUUGUAUUCAUUGAAUGUUUACUUGAAACUUGUGUUUCAUGAAUUAAAAGCUAAAUUAAUUAUCAUAAUGAAGUGGUGGGUCGGGCUUUUAUUAUUGCUGAAAUAUAUUUCUGCGGAGCCUACUCCUAUAGUUUUAUGGCAUGGAAUGGGUGACACAUGCUGUUUAUCAUACAGCUUAGGUCUAUUCAAGUCAUUUCUAGAAAAACAAAUCCCUGGAGUCUAUGUAGUUUCUCUAAAAAUUGGGAAUUCUACUGUGGAAGAUUUAGAAAAUGGAUAUUUUAUGUAUCCAAAUGAACAAGUGGAAUAUGCUUGUGCAAAGCUGGCACGAGACCCAAAACUUCAAAAUGGUUUUAAUGGCAUCGGAUUCUCACAAGGCAGUCAAUUCCUGCGAGCGGUGGUGCAGCGUUGUGGCCACAAAUUGGGACCAAUAAAGAAUUUAAUCACACUUGGUGGCCAACAUCAGGGCGUGUACGGUCUUCCUCACUGCUUUGCUUUGCAGCACGAAACCUGUGACUACGUUCGGAAAUUACUCAAUUAUGCAGCAUAUUACAGCUGGGUCCAAAAAUCUCUCGUUCAAGCUACAUACUGGCACGAUCCUCUAGACGAGAAAACAUACGCGAAGAGCAGCGAAUUCCUGGCAGACAUCAACAAUGAGUUGAAGAUCAAUCAAACUUACGUUGAUAAUUUGGUAAAACUGGAACACUUCGUGAUGGUAAAAUUCGAUAACGACAGCAUCGUGCAGCCCAGAGAAACUGAGUGGUUUGGAUUUUACGCUCCCGGACAAGCGAAAAAACUUAUAACAUUACAACAAUCGGCUAUUUACAAAAAGGAUCGAUUGGGCUUAAAGAAAAUGGAUAAAGCGGGAAAGCUAGUUUUCCUCUCCCAACCUGGGGACCACCUGCGUUUCUCUGAAGACUGGUUCAUAGAUAGCAUCGUUACACCAUACUUACUCUGAUAAUCCCGAUAAGACUGAUCAGCACAUUAGAAAAUCUCAUUAAUGAUCUUAUUAAAGUGCAUAUGUAUGAAGUGCAAUUAUAAAACAGUUAUUGGUUUUAGAUAAUAAUGAAAAAUAUGCUAUCAACUUUGUUUUGUUGUUAAGGACGUUGAGGUAAUUUGUUUUAAGUAAUAGAUUAUGUUUGCUUAAAAUGUUUGUUUUAAUUAUAUAAUAGUUAUGAAAUAAAUAAAUACUUAUAUGAUAAUUG